UGGACGCUGUUCCGGAAGAUGUCAACGAGAGAAGGUGUGUUUCCGGAAGACGUGGCUGUUGCUGCAGUGGCAGCUGUCAUCCAAAAUUAUUCUGAGAAGAGCUUUUUUGUUCUGCUUCUGUCUCAUCCAACUACAUUUUCAAGAUGAUUUCUCUAACGGACUCCCAAAAGAUUGGAAUGGGAUUAACAGGCUUCGGCGUGUUUUUCCUCUUCUUCGGGAUGAUCCUGUUCUUUGACAAAGCACUUCUGGCUAUUGGAAAUAUUCUCUUUGUUGCUGGACUCUCCUUUGUCAUUGGGCUUGAGAGGACCUUCCGCUUCUUUUUCCAGAAGCACAAGAUGAAGGCCACCAGUUUCUUCCUGGGAGGAGUGUUUGUGGUGUUGAUUGGCUGGCCCAUUAUUGGAGUUUUGCUCGAGAUCUAUGGUUUUUUUCUCUUGUUCAGGGGCUUCUUUCCAGUGGCUGUAGGCUUUAUCAGGAGAAUACCAGUCCUUGGCUCCAUCCUAAACCUGCCCUUUAUCAGUGCAUAUGCGGACAAAGUGGGCGAGAGCAACACUAUGGUAUAACAGUGACUUUUUGUAACCAGAGAAAAUUGUUUGAUUAUAGGUUUUAUAAAGCAUCACAAUCUCCCAUGGUGCUGAGUAAAAGCACCUAAAUAUACAGAUCAGAUUCAGAUUUCCCCAUUCAAGCAGACAAGGACUGUUUUUGUCUGUAACUUCAGUGGUCACCACUACCAAUCAUGGAUUCAUCGUCUUUUCACACCAUCAGUUUCUUACUGUCGACACUAAAGUCUCUACAAUAAAUGUUUCAAAUGCCAUCGAUCCCUUCGCCAUUGACUGCAUCUUGCGUUUAAAAGGAGGAUAGAAGACUCCCUCAAGGCCCAACUUUGUCUACAUGAUGUUCUUAAUCUGUGGAACUAUCAGAUAAAACUACUCAGUACAAGGACAAGAAGUGGAAGUACAUCCUGCCAUGUUUGCCACGUUUGUGCCUGUGCUUUAACUUAAUUUGCACAAAAGCUUUUAAAUCCAGGAUUUUGUUUACAGUUACCCCCCACGUUUCAGCUGUUGGAAUACCAAGUAUGGCUGUUGUAAUAUUUACUUUGUCCAUUUCUUUGUGAUUGUGUUCAGUGCUGGCUAGAAGUGCUUCUGUAUAAAUUAUUUUUUAAAUAUGA